AGCACUUCCAAAUUACAGGUCCCAGAAACAUCAGUCUUGCUGUGCUGCAAGCCGGAAACCAUCUUAAACUCACAGGGAAGAAUCAGCAAGUUGAAUUGAACCGUCCUGGUAAAUUUACACAUAAUUAAGGACCAAAUACAGUGAACCACAUAUUGUAAGAAUUGCAUAAGAUGACUCUACAGGCCUUGGAUUAGAAGUUGGAAGGAGAAGACAUAAGGAACAGAGACAUGGUGAAACCGAGAGUUAAAGCAGAGCCAAAGAAGACUGAUCAUCAUGAAAAUUAUCUGGGACCUAAUGGCGUUAGUCGUCUCCAUGACAGUUGCAUUGUCUUCAAAUUUCAGAGGAUCCAAAAAUCACAAACAGAAGUCAGAAGAUUUCCUCUCUCAUCUGAGUGAUUAUGAGAUCGCCUUCCCUGCCCAGGUGGACCAGAGUGGGAAGUUCCUGACCUAUGACCUUCGUCUAGCACCUCCAAGCUUUCACAGGCCUCGGCGAAGUAUUUCUUAUGAAUCUGAUGAUCAGUUGUACUACCGGUUACAAGCUCAGAGUUCUAGCUUCCUGCUCAACCUUACCCUGCAAACAGAUCUACUAGGACAGCACUUCACUGUUGAGUACUGGAAAAGAGGAGGUCUGGAUUGGAAGCAUGAGCUGUAUGAGGACUGUCAUUAUGUUGGCCACAUAGAAGACCAGCAGUUGAGCUCCAAGGUGGCUAUUAGCAACUGCAAUGGACUGCUUGGAGUGAUAGUGUCAGGGGAUGAUGAGUAUCUUAUUGAGCCACUACCUCCAGGUGGAAAUUAUAAUGAGACUAGAGAAGGGAUACCUCAUGUGGUUUACAAGCGAUCUUCUUUGCAACGACGGCACCUUGAUGCAGCCUGUGGUGUAAUAGAUGACAAAACCUGGUGGCAUCGCCAUUGGUGGUUGAGAAACCCAAGGCCUCCCCCAUUGAGACCAGCAUCCAAUCAAACGCAGCAUGGGCCCCUUCCAUGUAAACGAUCAGUUAGCACAGAGAGAUAUGUGGAGACUCUGGUUGUUGCUGACAAAAUGAUGAUUGGCUACCAUGGUAGAAGAGACAUUGAGCAGUAUAUCCUCGCUAUCAUGAACAUUGUCAGGUUGCCAAACUUUUCCAGGACUCAAGUCUGGGAAACAUUGUGAACAUAAUGGUAACAAGGCUAAUCCUACUGACUGAAGAUCAGCCUACCCUGGAAAUCAGUCACCAUGCUGGAAAGUCUCUUGACAGUUUCUGCCGGUGGCAAAAGUCUAUUGUGAGCCGUAAUGGGAAUGCGAUCACCGAGAAUGGAAUUGCUGAUCAUGACACAGCUGUCUUGAUAACCAGGUACACAAGCUAUAAUUGAGGGUCUGUAUGUAAGUCAUUCAUGUUUCCAGUGUCUUUAUGGGAUUUUAUAGGAUAUUA